AAAACCUGCCCAUCAACAYGCAGGAGUCCAUUUGAACCAGGAGCUAGGCACUGUGAACAUUACAUCCAAUGGAGUAGCCUAGACGGGUAGAGUGGCAGACCAAUCUAACACUGGAUUCUUUUUUUCUCCUUUGCUUUGUUUUGAGAAAACAAAGGUGAUGCAGUCUCUUGCCCAGGAAAUCAAGACAUUUUCCAAGACCAAUUUGAGAAAGCAAUGCACCCGCGUGACGACGUUGAGCGGCAGGAGGAUUAUUGAGACAUGGAAAGGGUCGACUAUACAUGUUGUAGAGGAUAAAACUCAGCCUCAGACAGCAUGCGGCUAUGUGCAGGACAACAGCUGGGACGUACAAGUUGGAGUUAUUAAACCUUAUUUACUAUUAGGCUCACAAGAUGCUGCACAUGACUUUGGCACUUUGAGAAAAUAUAAGGUGUCCCACAUUUUGAAUGUAGCCUAUGGUGUUGAAAACGCAUUUCCAGACCUGUUCAUUUAUAAAACACUGAGCAUUCUGGAUGUUCCUGAUACUGACAUAACAUCCUAUUUCCAAGAGUGCUCAAAAUUCAUAGACCAAGCAAAUGCAGAGAAAGGAGUUGUGUUGGUUCACUGCAAUUCUGGAGUCUCGAGGUCAGCCUCGGUCGUCAUUGGAUACCUGAUGUCCACGGAAGGAAAGCCUUUCAAUGAUGCGUUUACCUUGGUGAAAUCGGCUCGGCCAGCCACGUGUCCAAACCCAGGGUUUCUUGAACAGUUGAAAGGUUUCAAACUGAAAGGGGGCAUAGAAGCCAAUGGUGUGGGCUAUGCAUGAGCAACAACAGCAACACCUCCAGAGCCAGAGUAAUGCAUUUCAUCAUCAGCCACUGUUUCUCACAAGGAGGCCAUUCUGAUGUGUCCAAAAUUGUGCCCUAUUUUCCUAUACGGUAUAAUGCGCUGGGGACCUGGUCAAAAGUAGUGCAACAUAUAGGGAAUAAGGUGUCAUUUUGGAUCUUACUAAGACCCCUAAUACCCAAGGUACCCCAACAUCAUGUUGAGGUGUUCAUUAGACUUAAUUUUUUCAAAAGCCCUACAAAGGCCUAUCAAUAUACACUGUGGGUCCAGUGUUAUUCAAUAGUUAAACAUCUCUGUUAUCAAUUUCUAUAAACCACUGAGGGUGGUAUGAGGCCACAAUUUAAUAAAGGUAUAAAUAUACAAUUCUCAACUUUAUGAACCAUGUCUGUGCAACAAUUCUUAAGUUCAUUUUGAGUCUUUCCUUUUUUGUACCAAAACGUGUGAGGUGAAAGUUCGAGAAAACCGACUAAACUGUAUUAUUUAAUAUMGUUUUAAUUUUAUUAACUUAAAUCUUGGUUUAAGAAAUAUUAUGGACAUCUUCUUACUUUGUCUUAACAUAUUAUUUAUUGUAUGUUGGGAUGUUAUCUAUGGCAAGGGAUUUCAGAAACUUUCCUUGCCCAGGGUCCCCCACCCAUGCAAACCGACAACCCCGGGACCCCCAUCAUUUGUUAGCAAAAGUAAAAUAAUGUAUUGUCUUAUCUUAUCAUCAGGUGAAUGAUAAUUGAAAGUAUAAGUAAUCAAUUUUAAAUGAAUAGAUUUGGUAGACUGUUUAAUUAUUUUGACCUCCCUACAGUUCAUUGGAAGUGUAAACUCGACUCAACUUGCUGUUGUGAAGCAAAUUUUCAGCAAUUCUACAUAUUUUUCCAUUGAGUUGAGAGAACAUUUAGCAGAUUUUAAGCUAAUUUCCAGCAAUUCUAUGCAUUUUGCCGUGGCUACCGCUGUAUGCUUCUGCUCAAACAUUAUUAAACCAAUGUGCAUGUGCCCUGGAAUUUUCGAUUCUCCCUGACUGUCUAGCUUUUAUUUGAUUGUUAGUUCUAAAAGAUGCUACUACUUAAAACUAUACAUAGUUCAAUAUCUUUUCUGCAUGCUUUCUAUCUGGUUUUGGUAGUUUAAAUUGACACUGAAACUGUUUUUCCAUCCCGAAACGGCGGCCUAAGAAUUUUCUAUACAGAAAAUAACCUGGUAAUUAGCAUCAUAUUAAAGGGAUAGUUCGAGAUUUUGGCAAUGAAGCCAUUUAUCUACUUCCCCAGAG